UUGCUCCGCGGGCUCUAGGGGAAGACAGGGCGAGCCGCCCGCCGCGGGGAGAGCGCGGACACCCCGCCAGGGCACCCAGCGGCCCCGGCCAUGGACAGCGAUGAGGACACGCUGGAGGAGACCGUGGAAGGGCUUCUGGAUGAUGAUGGGUUGCCACAUGGGUUCUGUACAGUCACCUAUUCGUCCACAGACAGAUUUGAAGGAAACUUCGUGCAUGGAGAAAAGAACGGCCGUGGCAAGUUCUUCUUUUUUGAUGGAAGCACACUGGAAGGGUAUUAUGUCGAUGAUGCUCUCCAAGGCCAGGGACUCUACACAUACGAGGAUGGAGGGGUUCUUCAUGGCACGCAUGUGGAUGGAGAACUUAAUGGACCUGCCCAGGAAUAUGACAUUGAUGGACGACUAAUAUUCAAAGGGCAGUACAAAGAUAAUAUUCGACAUGGCAUGUGUUGGAUAUAUUACCCGGAUGGAGGCAGCCUUGUAGGAGAAGUGAAUGAAGAAGGGGAGAUGACGGGGGAAAAAAUAGCCUAUGUGUAUCCUGAUGAGAAGACUGCAUAUUAUGGAAGGUUCAUAGAUGGAGAAAUGAUAGAAGCAAAACUGGCAACUCUUACAUCUGUAGAGGAGGGAAAGCCACACUUUGAAUUGGUACCAGGCAGCCCAGUAUACAGUUUUGAUAAAUCUACUUCAUCUUGCAUUUCUACAAAUGCACUUCUUCCUGAUCCUUACGAGUCAGAGAGGGUAUAUGUUGAUGCAUCUCUCAUUUCCAGUGCUGGCGAAGGAUUAUUUUCUAAAAUAGCAGCAGGAUCGCGCACGGUUAUGUCCUUUUACAAUGGAGUGCGAAUUACACACCCGGAGGUGGACAGCAGAGACUGGGCCCUCAAUGAAAACACAAUAGCCCUGGAUGAUGAAACAGUCAUAGAUGUGCCGGAGCCUUACAACCAUGCUGCCAAGUAUUGUGCCUCGCUGGGGCAUAAGGCCAACCACUCCUUCACUCCUAAUUGCAUCUAUGACCCGUUUGUUCAUCCUCGUUUUGGGCCAAUCAAGUGUAUACGCACCAUCAGGGCUGUGGAGAAGGAUGAAGAACUAACAGUGGCUUAUGGAUAUGAUCAUAAUCCCAUCGGGCAGAAUGGGCCAGAAGCACCAGAAUGGUACCAGGUGGAACUGAAAGCCUUCCAGGCUGCCCAGCAGAAGUGAAAUGCAGGCAAAUGCUCAGUUCAGCGAACUGAAAUAGAAACUUGGAUCUAUGCACUACCUUUAUACUAAAAACUGGACAACCAGGGAUUUGUUCAUGCUGUUGCAUCAUAACCUCUCAUUCAGUGUUAGAAAUAAGUUUCUUGCAUACUAACUAGGUUUGACUGCAUUAUUCAUAGCAGAUUUAAAAUUAGCUAGUGUUGCACCAGUCUUAUCUGAAAGAAUUAUUAAAUAUUCUAUACAAGGCAGCGUGAUAUUUUUAGUAGCUUUUAUCUAAUUCUGCAUCAUAGGCAAAGAUGCCAAAAGAUUAGACAGAAAAUGAAAAGAUCAUUCACUUUUAGUCAGCAGACUUCAGUGUUACUAUUUCUACGGCCUAGGCAUUACUGUGCAGCUGCAUUUUACAUACAUGCCAUUUGUGAUGAUGAUGAUAAUAUUUUGAUAUUCUCGAAUAGUAGUGUAAUUUGCCUUUUUAAACCUUUGAUCUUAAUCUUGCAAUAGAGCAAUUAAUUUAUUGGUGUAUAGGAGGCUGGGUUUUUAAUUCCCUCAUCCUCUUAUCUGAGCGUUGUUCUUUCUACAAAUCCUCUCUUGCAGGAGAAAACCUUUCUAACAAGUGAAAAAGGUUUGUGUACUUGAGAGAGAGUGCCCUGUAUAGAUCUCUGUGGCGUUUAUAUAAAUAGUUUUAGUGAUGUUCAUGUCCAAAACAAAAACUUGUUUGGCCUUUGGGGCUGGGACACACAGUUUGUUUAAUUAUGAUUAUUGCACAUGAAUUAACAUGUAUUUGCAUGAAGAUGUUCAAAGAGGAGAAAGUGGGGUUUAUCUUCAUUAUUUUUAAGAUUGACAUUCAGGAACAGGGGUGCUGGAAUUGUUUUGUAUAGUGGGGGUGCUGAGAGCCAUUAAACCAAACUAAACCAUCUAUC